CAAAAAAAAAUAAAAAUCGUUGUACAAGAUUUAUACAUGAAUUUACAACGACCCAACUAAGAAUUUCGCAACCGAUAAACCGAAUGCGUCUGUCGAACAUCAAUCUCGCAAACCAUUUCUUGAUUUCACAACCGAUUUUCUGGUUAAGUCCGCCGGCGCCGAUUACCAGGAUCUUGUAACCUAUUCUAUCCGUCGAUCUCGUCAGUCUCGAUCCUCAACCUUCUUUCUUCGUCGACCUUCAAACGCCUGUCGGUCAAACUUCCGGCGAAAUGGAGGCAGACACGUGUCAAUCAGAAGAACGCUGUUUUCUUGUAUUGGAAGUGCAGUGAAUGGGAAUUCUAACCGAUUUAGAAUAGGCGCGGGCAUGCACAAUCGUCGUCUUGCAACGGAGGGCCGAAAAAACGGCAAGAAAAGAGAAGGAUAAGCUUUGAAGGAAGGAAGGAGGGACGGAUGGCACUUUCUGAGACUUUUUGCUCCACUUGAUGAUAGACUUACAAUGAUGGCGGCCGGGUCAACUGAGAGUCUCUGACUCUCGUCCUGUGGUUUUGUCCUUCUCAAUGGUCUAACCCCAUUUCACACCAGAAUCCCUGGUAGCCUGUUCACGUUCUACCUUCACUCCAGACUCAACCAAUUCUGAGCUUUCGGCUCUGUCCCCAUGGGUUGCUGCUUUAGUGCGAGGAUCAAAGCUGAGAGCCCUCCUCGCAAUGGUUUGAUUUCAAUCGAUGGUAAUACAGAAGAGGAUGGUUUGAGUGGUCUAAGUGACAAGAUCUCUGCUCCCUCUGUGCCUCCAACUCCCCGGUCAGAGGGUGAGAUCCUGAAAUCCUCCAACAUGAAGAACUUCAGCUUCAAUGAGCUAAGAGCUGCUACAAGGAACUUUCGUCCAGAUAGUGUGGUGGGUGAAGGUGGAUUCGGAUGUGUAUUUAAGGGGUGGAUUGAUGAGUAUACACUUGCACCAGUUAAACCAGGGAUUGGGCUUGUGAUUGCUGUGAAGAGGCUUAACCAAGAAGGCCUUCAGGGACACACUGAGUGGCUGACAGAAAUAAACUACCUGGGGCAGCUACAUCAUCCUAAUCUAGUAAAACUGAUUGGUUACUGCUUAGAGGAUGACCACCGGAUUUUGGUGUAUGAAUUUUUGGCUAAGGGAAGUUUGGAUAAUCACUUGUUUAGGAGGUCGUCUUACUUUCAACCACUUUCUUGGAGCAUCCGUAUGAAGGUUGCUCUUGAUGCUGCUAAGGGUCUGGCAUUUCUUCACAGUGACCCAGUUAAAGUGAUAUAUCGAGACUUCAAAACUUCUAACAUCUUGAUUGAUUCGAACUACAAUGCAAAGCUCUCUGAUUUUGGGUUGGCAAAGGAUGGACCAGCAGAUGACAAGAGCCAUGUCUCUACUAGAGUAAUGGGAACCUUUGGCUAUGCUGCUCCUGAGUAUAUCGCCACAGGCCACUUGACUAAAAGGAGUGAUGUAUACAGUUUUGGGGUUGUUCUCCUCGAAAUCAUAUCUGGCAAACGUGCAUUGGACAAUAACCGGCCUUCUGGGGAGCAUAAUUUAGUUGAAUGGGCAAAGCCUCACCUAACCAGCAAACGGCGGAUUUUCCAAGUUAUAGAUGCUCGUAUUGACGGUCAGUGCUCUCAGCGGGAAGCAAUGGAAGUGGCUAGCCUAACACUUAAAUGCUUGUCUGUAGAACCCAAACUGCGACCAAACAUGGAGGUGGUGGUCAGGGCAUUGGAACAACUUCAGGAUUCGUGUGACAUGGCUACGGUGGGAGCGAGCUCGCAAAAUAAGACUGUCAAAAGCAGUCAUAGCUUAAGUAGCAAUGGUCCUAAGCAGCACGGAAGAAGCAUAAAUGGAUCUUCAAAUGGAGAAGGUACUUCUACGCAAACGCGAUCGGCCUCUCCUCUAUGUACUUAAGAGGAAAUAUUACUGGUUUAACUUUUUAUUGUUUUGAAGAUGUAGAGUUGGCCCAUCGUAUGUCAUUGACUAAAGCAUGCAUGAAGAAACGUGAUUGGUGUACAGUUUUUGAUUUUGUAAAUGGGGAAAGCAAUAAGCAAUGUCUUCGAUUGAGGUCC